AGCAGAGCACAGACCAGCAGCGGCUGCAGGGGAAGAUUUUCUGCUCAGCUGCGGUGUGCCGGAGCGGGGAGCUCAGGGCUUCUGCCCCUUGAGACACAUCUCUCCUUUGCAAGCCAUGUCAGCAGAGAAGGAAGAACCCAACCAUCCAGUUCAGAAAGACCCUGGAGAGAAAGAAUUGGCCAAGAGACUUCAGGAAGUUGGCCUGAGUGCAGACUACUGGCUACCCAAACUACAAAAGCAACUUGGAGUCACCAGUGCACAAGUCUUGAAACACCUGAGGCAGGAGGACUACCUGCAGCUGGAGCAUGAUGUGCAGUAUACUUGGGAAAAGCAGGCCCUCCAGGAGCUCUUCAAGGGGGGCAUCAAGGCAAGAAUGAAGCAGCAGCAGCAGGAGCGCUCAGAUUUGUUAAAGAGUGAGCAAGAGCAGGCAAAGGCAGCACUGAGGGAUCUCGGAGAAAUGCAGCAGAAAGGCAGAACCCGCCAUGAGGCAGCUGUACAAAAGAAAGAGGAGGAGCUGCGGAAAGCCAUGGCCAUCCCUCUGCAGUACUGGGUGGCAUCUGAGAAGCCUUUGGUGGAGGUGAUAGAGAACAUGCAGAAGCAACUAAACGUCCUGGAGGAGUCGGUGUCCAAGGGGGAGAACAUCCCCGACGAGGAGGUGCUGAGGCGGGCAUCGGGAGGGCUGGCCCUGCAGGGCAUUUACAGAACAGACAAGCUUGAGGACCUGCUGGAGAAGAGAGAGCCGCUCAUAACCGUCCCAGACGGAUUCAAGCUCUCCGGCCCAGACCAAGGGCCCCUGUUUGAGAAGAAGGAGUUUUCAUCGUCCAGAGCAGAAUCCACCUUCACCAAGGCCAUGGAGAAGCUGGGUUUCAGCACAAGUGUUGCAGCCAAAGGUGGAUACUGGGGUUUUAGUGCCGAAACCAGCACAGAUUACAGCACAGCUUCAGAACACGAGGAAACCCACAGGUCCCGCUCCGAGCACAUGUACAUUUGCACUGCCAUGUGCAGCUACAUCCCUCUGGCCUCCUGCUACUUCCCAAAGGACCAGCUUCGACUGUCUAAUGCAGCACUGCAAGAGCUAACAGGGAUCGAGCAGCUUCUGAGUCACACCCCGGAGCCAGACAGGCUGGAGAUGCUGAAGAGCCGGUGCAGGGGUUUCUUCACCAGAUUCGGGUCUCACGUCAACCAGGGCCCCCUCCACUUCGGUGGGAUCUUCUGGUGGAAAGCGUCUUCCGAGGGAUUUCGGGCAGAGCAGCUGGACGAGGUGAAGAAACAGACGUCGGAUGCCCUUGGCUCCUACAUAGGAGGCAGCUUCACAGGCUUUGGUUUCAGCGUUGCAGGUGGGGUGAGUGUCUCUAAAUCAAGUUCCAAAACAUCCCUUCAAGGCACAGAGGCAAAAAUAUUCAAAGCAGAGAUUCAGCUGUCUGUGACCCAGACAGGCGGCCCAGCUGGGGUAGAUUCACACCCAUCAUGGAGAUCUGGUUUAGUGGCCAGUAACAAAACCUGGUGUGUUAUUGACCGAGGCUGUCAGCUGAUUCCAGUGUGGGAUGUAAUCCUGUCCAACCACAGACAGGACUUUGGGGAUGUUUAUGAGAUGAGCAGAAGUCUCAUGAGAGCCUAUGAAGCCCUUACAAAGCAACGGGCAAGUAUGUUGGUGGGUGAGCAAUUAAUAAGUGCAAUGGAAGAGGCCAGAGCAUUUUUGGAGGACAUGAAGUCCUGGGAAGUCACUGGGGAGGAAGAGCAGCUGGUGAAGCUGAUACACUUCAAACAGAAGCUGAAUGACAAAACAAAGGACAACGAUGCCUGGGUCAACCUCUGCCUUUCGGACAAGGUGCUUCAGGAUUUCCUGGCAAAUACAGUUUUGCUGUGCCAAGGCUCGCCUGCCCAAAACACCAUGUACAUCAAACACCUGCUGCAGUGCCUUCUGGAGCCUUAUGCCCAUUCAGUGAAGCAUUGCCCCCAGUUUUCCUCCAUUAUGCAGUGGAUCUCUCAUGCUGAAGAAAAACAUCAGGAACCUGUCUGCAUCUCAGAAUUUGCUCAUUUUAUCAAAGCCCUACAGCAACUGCAGGAUGACAUGGAGGAACCCAGCCUUACGACCUCUUCAGCAGCAGUGGAAGAAGCAAAAGUAAAAGCUAGCGUAAAGGUGAACUUAGCUUUGUGCUCUUGCCUGAAGGCCCUAGGAGAGAGAGGGCAGGCAGACAUACAACUGUUGUUACUCUCCAUUGCAGUCAGCAUGGGAUAUCGUGUGGAAAGCAAAACCUUCAAACAUCUCCUUGGCUGUUCAGAGAUCAACUUUAUGAUAAAGGAAAUGCAGAGAGCUCACAAGCGGUAUUUGACCCUGAGGGAUCAGAAGGCUUCCCAAGCUCAUGCUUUCCAGCUGCUGACAGGUCUGACCAUAGCGCCUGAAUUCAAAGAUGUGUCUCCAGAACAGAAGCGCAAAAGAUUGGCUUUUAUGAAGCAACACAUGGGAAACUCACUGUCAACUGAAGUCUGUCAAGUCCUUGCAAAGCACCAUGCAUGUGAUGACUGGAGUGCACUGGAAAGAGACCUGAAUUGCCUUGUUAAUGGAGAGCUUGAAACUUCUCGUGGUGACCUGCAGGUGCAGGCUAUAAUAACAGAGCUAAGUCAAGUCUGUCGAGGGGAUAAGCAAAUACACUCACCUAAAUUGCAACCCAAAGGGCCUCCCUGCCAGGUUGACCAGCCUGAAGGUUCCCAAGUGCAAGACUUUCUCCAUUUGAUCCAAAGGCUUGGACUUGAAAACUACUAUCCAAGAAAAAUGGGGAGGGCAGAUUUCCAUGUGAUUGACAAGACCUUGUUCCAGGACAGCUUGCCCCGCACUGACAGCGAGCUCCCAUUUUAUUUCUUGCAAAAGCUGCUGAUGGUGGAUUAUCGGGUAAGGUACCUGGUGUGCAAGGAUGACAGUGAAACAAAGAAAGGCAUACCAAGCACAUUGAACACCAUGGCCAAUAUGACUGAAUCAUCUAAUGAAUCCUCAGAUAUCUAUGAUGACUUUUUAGAAGAGGGCAGUGAGGGCACUCACAAGUCUGCUGCACCACGACAGGCACAUGUGCACCCUAUGGACAUCCAGAUGGCCAUUUUUCACUGUGCUGAUGAUUUCACGAGACAAUACGUUUCAACAAAACUUUCCUUCUGCCAGUUUGCGCUCCCUCUCCUGGUGCCAAAUCCUUGCACUUCAAACAUAGAGUUCCCCCUCUGGUCCCUUAGCCAAGUUCAAAAGAGCUGGAACGGUAUUGAGAAAACAGGGCUGGGGACUAGCAUUAAAAAUUAUAAGAACAAAUUGAUUUACCAGGUAGACACCCCUGUGGUGUCCUUCAUGCGGAUUGGGAAUUCUUCUUCUUCCAAGUCUAAGAUCCUAAAUGCUCUACUGAGUGAACACAAACAUGAUAUUUUCUUCCACCGUGACUGCAGAGGCAGCAGCAAAGACUGUCUCCUGAUGGGAGGUGUUGUGGAAAUCUUCUGGUACUGUCCCAGUGGAAAGGAUGAUGACAGGUUUGACAACUGCAUUGCAUUUACUAAUCUUCAUGGGGAUGCAAGAGAGCACAAGCAACAAGUUGGAUUUUUACAGGAGAUCUCUUCUCUGAAUGUGCUUCUCCUUACAACAUCUGAUGAGAAUGAAGUAGGGAAGCAACUUGUCCGGGAUCUCCUGAAAUCUCCGAAGCCUUUUGUGUGUCUUUUUACUGAAAAAGAGAAUAUUGUAGCUGGCAAAUCCAACCUGAAGAUAAAAAUAGCCCUAAAGAACAGAAACGAGGCAGAAUUAAUUGAUGAGCUUGCAAAAAACAUCAAAGAUUUACUAGUGGGUUCAAAACCUUGCAGUCUUAAUGCUUGCUCAGAAAUCGCUCGUCAGCAUGGUUUCCUCAUUGAUGAAGACAGAGACGAGUGCAAGGAAGCCAAGGCAAUGGCACAGACACUGAUAGCCCUCUUCAGGGAGAAUGACUUACAAAGGAUGAAGGAAAACCUGUUACCUCUGCAAGGAGAAUUGUGGCACAAGUGGUGCAAGAAAGACAAGGAGCUCACUGGCUUGGAAGAUAAAAGGAACAAAAGCAUUGAACAGCACCGCAGUGAUAUUGAAUCAGAAAAACGUGCUAUACGAGAAGAGCAGCUAAGGAGAGCAUUCCCCCUCAAUGAUCUAAUGAGGUCAGUGCUUGACAUUAUCCAAUCUCACUCAAAGACAAUCAGGAAAUACUUCCUGCAGUGGAUGAAAUUAUUUAUGGAUGACUUGUCAUCCGAGUGCCUCACAGAGCUCCACCAGAAAUAUCAUGUCUCAUGGUCACAAAUGAAAGGAAAAAAACAUCUAGAAAACAAUGACGGCUCAGAAAAUCUAGUGAAAAGUAACUUGGAAAAGCUCUUACUGGACAUAAGUGCUUCCACAAUUGGCCUUGAACACAUUUUGAGAGAGAUAGGGCAGAUUUAUGAAGCUUUGGAUAUACUGCCUCAAGUGGAUAAACGUUCUUAUGAACUGCCACAAAUAGCUGCAGACCUGAUGGUUUCAGGGUAUCCCAUCGAGCUGAUGGACGGUGACGCUUCCUACGUGCCACUAAAAUGGGUCAGAGCAGUUUUUGACAGAGUGAUAGAGAAGCUGGGGGACAAAAAGGUGUUUGUUCUCUCGGUGCUCGGCAUCCAGAGCACUGGAAAAUCAACGCUGCUCAACGCCAUGUUUGGCCUGCAGUUCAACGUCAGUGCAGGGAGAUGUACAAGAGGGGCAUUUAUGCAGCUCAUUAAGGUGGACGAAAAGAUCCAACAACAUUUGAACUUUGAUUACAUACUAGUAGUUGAUACUGAGGGGCUUCGGGCCACGGAACUGGCCACUAAAUCAACACUCAAUCAUGACAACGAGCUAGCUACUUUCGUCAUUGGCCUCGGCAACAUGACUUUGAUCAAUAUAUUUGGGGAGAAUCCCUCAGAAAUGCAGGACAUCCUCCAGAUUGCCGUGCAGGCAUUUCUGAGGAUGAAGCAAGUCCGCCUCUCCCCCAGCUGUUUGUUUGUGCACCAAAAUGUUGGAGAAAUCACUGCAAAAGAGCAGAAUAUGGCAGGACAAAGACGCCUGCAGCAGAGAUUAGAUGAAAUGACGGUGACAGCAGCCCAGCAAGAGUUUUGUGAUGUCACCUGCUUUAGCGACGUGAUCCGAUUUGAUGUGAACAGCCACGUCCACUAUUUUGCUCACCUGUGGGAAGGAAACCCACCCAUGGCCCCCCCAAAUCCCAGUUACAGCCAGAACGUGCAGGAACUAAAGAGCAAAAUUCUCCUGGCUGCCAAAAAGGAACCGCGGGGCAGUGUUUUAAGACUGUCGGAGUUAAAAGUGCGCAUUGGGGACCUGUGGAACGCUUUGCUGAAUGAGAAAUUUGUCUUCAGCUUCAAAAACACCCUGGAGAUUGCAGCAUACAACCGGCUAGAAGCCACGUUCAGCCAGUGGACCUGGGAGUUGAGGAGUCACGUAUUAGUCAUGCAGACAAAACUAAACAAUCUGAUCAGCAAGGGAGAAGUCCAGUGUGUCACUCGCAGGAGCCUUGAAAAGGAAGUUCAGAAAAAAUACGAUACCAUCAUGAAAGGUACUGAAACAUACUUCAAUAAGGACCAAGACUAUGAGUUAUCGAUUCAGUGGAAAGCAAGUAUUGAAAAUAAACUGAAAGAUUUGAAAGAGUCGCUGAUAGAAGAAACUAAGAGAAAGUCUGAAGAGCUGAUUGAGCUGAAGAGGAAACAGAGCAAACUUGAUGGGAAGAAGUCAGAAUAUGAAACGGAGCUUUUUAAAAGGAGCAAAGAUUUGGCCCUGGGUUUAAAAGGUAAGAAAUUAAAUGAAGAAGAACUCAGAGGUCACUUUGACUUUCUGUGGAAUACAUGGAUCUAUGAAGUGUCUUCCAGUGCUCCUCGUACUGAGGACCCGAACAUAAGCAGGGACAUAGAAAACAUCUUCCUAGAACAUUUUAAGCAGGAGCCUAAUAUUGAAAAGAAAAUUAACAACUUGUCCUGCAAUGAUACCUUUUCCAUUGAUGAGUCCAAGCAUAUCAUCAUGAAGAAAACACGAUGGCCUUUCAGUAAGACUCUGGAUAAGAGCGACAGAAAGAACAUUGAGCAGGUGGGAAGCCACAUCAUGCAGCUUGUCAGCAUGAACAUUGACACAAAGGAGCGUGAGCGAGCGGGUUACAAUCGGAACUACAUUCAUGAAAUACUGAAUUUAAUACGGAAAGAGGUGGAAUCUGCAUCCCAUAACCAAAAAUAUACCUUCGUUAAUGAGUACAGAGUAGAUCUAUCACUGCAUCUGUGCCAAAUGGCAGCAGAGAGGUUUAAAUACAUGCACACAGUCUUUAAAAAAGCAAACGAUCCAGCUUUGUACCUGGAAAGCAAGCGAGAAGAUUUCUUCAAGUGCUUUCAGAUUUCCUGCCAAGGCGCCACCUCCAUCACAACGUUUGCUGAUUUCUUCUGCCUCAAGCUUUCUGCAGCGCUUCGCCAGGCAGUGUACAACAAGACUGCCAUUAGCAUCGCCGAUGAGAUGAAGUCCAACCAUCCAGCCUUCAACGGCAAUCGAUCCAAACUAGAAACCCACAUUCUGAUAUACCUGGCAGAGGAGGAGAACUUUGAGAAGUACAGGCAGUACAUUCACUUCCCCAGGGAUUUUUUAGAGGGUUUUAUCAAAAAGUGCAUUGAGGAUUAUUGCUUGGAUAACAGGAGUCACAGGCUGAAGAACUUCUUAAAUGUGUCCCUUGAUUUUUUCCAGGCUCUUCUUCUUUCAGCUAUUUACAGCUCAACUAGAGUUGUCAAAGAUAAAAAUGGGAAUGUCUCGCUGUGGCUGGAUGAGUUCUGCAGCACACUCGGAGAUAACUUAGACCUGCCCAGAAGUGAGCUGAAAAGCAUUGAACAUCAGGAAAUAAAGGACACUGAGUUUCUGAAAGAGGCCGUGAGUCAAGCAUUUGCCCCUGUAAUAGAGAACCUGAGGCGGGAAUUUGCUGCAACGGACAUGGGACAGUUCACACUGAAACCUCAUCAAAUACUGGUGGACCAGUUCUCUGGAUGCUGGGAACAGUGUCCCUUUUGCAAAGCUCUGUGUACAAACACGAUACUCGGUCACGACGGGGACCACAGCGUUCAAUUCCAUCGGCCUCAGGCCCUGAAUGGCGUUCAAUGGGACGGAACAGACCACCUGGUCAUUGAUAUAUGCUCGAGCCUUGUAGCAAGUGACUGCUUCAUGGUGCUCCAUGGAAACCAGCAAAUCAAGUACAAGAAUUAUCGAAAAGCAGGACCUGCUUAUGCCAACUGGAGCAUCACACCAGACAAAUCCACUCAGGCCUACUGGAAAUGGUUUGUGUGCCAUUUCCGGUCCAUACUGGAGGAAGAUUACUGUGCAAAGUUUGAGGGCAAGGGAGCGAUCCCUCCAGCAUGGGAGGCCUUUACAAAAGAGGCUGUAAUCUCUGAGCUGAGACAGUAAUAACUGUUGGGAGGCAGGGCAUGUUCACAUGAAUUGAAGCUGCUGCAAUCUGAUGGCUGUAACAACCCAGAACUCUCUCAGCUGCUUGGGACCAUCUGGUCUGCUCAGGUGGAAGAAUCUGAUAAGUAAUCACAUUUGGAGGCAGAAGAAAAAAAUUUUAAACACAUUAACCAUGUACUGAUGAGGAGCGGAGUAGCAGGGAAAUGGAGGUUAGUAUUCAUGUCAACAGCAGAAUAGAUGGCAUCUGGGAAACACAAAGUUGGCUGACGGUGGAAAUUUCCUGGUGCUGAAGAAAACUGCUCCAGAGCAGACCAUGGGAUUGUCUCUGUUUUUCCUCAUUCUGAAUAAAUGACCACUCCUGAUUGGGGUUGCACCAUAAUAAAGACCAAAUG